GCCGUCGAAAUGUCAAUGUCAAACGCAUUGGCUUGGCACAGUGUGUGUGGUGGACAUCGUUUGUUGCCAAGGUUUUCGUAGUUUUCAUUUUCAGAAAAUAUUUUUCUCAUAAACUUGAAUUUUCUAGUAACGACAUCUCAAAUUAUGGCACCUACAGACUGGGAUGAAAUUAAAAGGCUAGCAGCCGAUUUCCAAAAAGCUCAGUUAAGCUCUACUUCUCAAAGAUUGUCGGAAAGAAAUUGUAUUGAAAUAGUGACGAAACUCAUAGAGCUUAAACUUAUAGAUGUUAUAUUUACCACAGAUGGUAAGGAGUAUUUGACGUCACAGCAGUUGAUUAAAGAAAUAAAAGAUGAGUUGUAUGUCCAGGGAGGCCGCAUCAAUACUGUGGACCUUGCUAAAGAACUAAAUGUCGAUUUAAAUCAGAUUAAUACUUGUGUUUCUGAGAUAGUGAGAGGUAAAGAAGUUCAACUUGUGUCUGGGUAUUUAAUAGCAUACUACUAUUUAGAAAAAAUUGCAAGGGAAAUCAAUGAAAAACUUCAAUUGCAAGGCCAAAUAUCUGUGGGUGAGCUUACUCUGCAAUAUGACCUUCCUGCUGAGUUAUUACAGCAUAAUGUCAUCGAAAAAUAUUUGGGCAAAAUUAUAUUGGGGAAGCAAGAUGCUUCAGACUCAAGAGUAUUUUAUACUGAAGAAUAUAUUACACGAACAAAAGCCAAGAUUCGUGGAGCCUUAAUAGGUCUCUUGAAGCCAACACCAGUCACAGUAAUAAUAAACCACUGUAAUCUUGCUGAUCGUUUAUUUAUGAAUUUAUUUGAUCAAGUUAAUGCGCCUGGUGUACUAACUGGGCGACAAGCAGGUGCCCUGUAUGUACCUUCUUGUUAUACAAAGUCCCAAAAUGACUGGGUAAUUAGUUUUUUUAAACAAAACAAUUACCUAGAAUAUGAUGCGUUGUCCCGCUUGGGUAUCUCUGAUCCAAAAGGUUAUGUGAAGAGAAUUCUGACUAAUGAAGAUUUAACCUUUCUUAGCAGCUGUGUAAUUGGUUCACAAAUUAAACAGCAAUUAGAGACAGCAUUGGAAGAAUGUAUUUCUUCAAAAAGUUACUUAGAUAUUGUACAACUGCUUCCAUCUGUUUUGUCUGACACUGACAUUGCGAAUGUCCUAGAGGCACUAUUGAUAAACAACUCAAAAGGCACUAUUCUAUUUGAUAAUACAGUUUUCAGUACUCAUUUCAUUGAUAAUCUUAAACAAAGUUGUAUGCCUGUUAUGCAUAAAAAAGCUGAAGCAGUUGUGAAAUCUGGCAAAUAUCAGCAGUUCUAUUUAGAAAAGCAGCUAAGUAAAGUAUCAGAUAUGGGGCAGCAUGGACAUGUGGACCACAAAGCUGAGAGGCGAGAGGAACGGAGAAGAAAGGCUGCUUCUGGAAAAGGUGGUGGGGGUACACAAGGUCGUGAGACUAAAACAAAAGCUGUUAAAAAACACCCAAGGUCCAAACAAGCUGUCCAUGAUUCCGAUUCAGAUGAUAAUUCCAAUGUGACGAAACAGAUCAAAACUGAUCUGGAGAUUAUUAGUGUAGAGGAUGUAGAAAAUAUCAUAAAAGAAGCUCUCGAAAAUGAAGGCCUUGAUGAUCUUUUGUCUCAAAUUGCUGAACAUCUGCAAGGAACUCUCAAUUUGGCUGGCUUAGCAUUAGCAAAGGACACUGCUGACAAAUUGCUGCAAGAUACUAGUCAAAAUAGGAAGCAAACACACGCUUCCACUCAGGACAAGAUCAACAUUUUGGUAAAUGACAUUAAAUUGUAUGAGAAGGGUUUGAAAACUUUGCCAUCAGAUCAACAACCACAAUUCAUCAAGUACUUGUUAAAAUCUCUUGGAGCGGAUGUCCUUGCAGAAUUCUGCAAGUAUGCUGCAAAUCAAUGCAAUCUUUCAGUGCAAGUAGAUACUUUAUCUGUUGAACAGAGGAAUAAAAUUAUGAAUGAUUUGACAGAGGAAUACAAAAAACCGCUGUUGGCUCUUAAUGGAACCAUUACUGAACAAAAUAUGGAGCUAUUUUAUCAGGCUGUAGAUGUGUGUUUGUCAGAGUGUGGUAUGAUUUUAAAGAAAAUUGACAAAAAGAAGGACAAAUUAUUAAUUCAAAAUCACAGAGAGAAAUUGAUAUCUGAAUUAGAAGUUUGUGAAGACCCUGCCUUGGGCUUGCAUUUGGCUGCACUAGCGACGUUUACCAUCAUUACACAAAACAUGCUUCAUGCUUCCGGCAGGCAGGUCCCUGUUAUCAUUGCUUUUCUUAAAGCUUAUUUGAAGGAACAAGAUUUUCAAAAACUUCAGCUGUGCCAUGAAUUAGUUGCAAAAUAUUUAACGGCUGCUGAAGAUGAGAAGGCAAAUGUUGAAGAUAGACUUCAGGAUGAAAUGCCAGGGCUUAAAAAUAUGGUCAACGAAAUUAAGAAAAAUAAGUAAUACUUCUAAGGAAUUUAUGUAUAUUUGAAAAUGAAUAUUCUAAAAUAAAGGUGACACAGGUACAAGCAUA